CGUUGUCGGCUUUUUAACUUCGGCUUAUAAAUGCAUGGUACACAUUCCUGAUCGUUGUAUAAAUAGAUUCGUUAUUAAUCGCAAACAUUCCCGUCUUGAUCUUCAUCAUCACACAAGAUGCUAUCAUACGAGCAAGAGAUUUGGCCUCCAAGCCUACCGGUUUGGUUUACCAACUUACCCUAUAUCGUACAAGCACCCGUUGGAUUGUUUGUUUUAUCAAUCACUCUAUUCCUUGCAUUGAUAGGAUACUUUUUAGCAACAGCAGCAUGGCGAAUCGUAAAAGCAUACGUUCUACAUAAUGACGGAUACGAUCAUAUUCCACAACCUCAACAUACAUCAAAAUGGUGGCCACUUUUGGGAGAUUUACCACAAAUUCGUCAUGCACCACCCGCUGAAGCGCAUAUUGCAUGGGCAAGAGAAUUGAAUUCAGAAGUGUAUGUGUACAGAGCAAUAUUCUAUAUACCAAGAUUAAUUAUGGCCGAUACAAAAGCGAUGAAUUAUAUCUUAGGUCAGCAAAACAGCUAUAACUUCCCAAAGCCGGAGCAAACUAGACAAUUCUUGGAUAAUCUUUUGGGAAACGGUUUAUUGGUAGCUGAAGGUGAUAUUCAUCGCAGACAAAGGAAAGUCAUUCAACCUGCUUUCAACGUUUCUGCUAUGCGCGCUUUCACACCAUUAUUCUUUCGUCAUUCAAACGCAUUCGUUGCCAAACUUGCACAAUUGGUUGAUGACACAAAAGGACCCGCUGAAGAACCAGUGAUUGAAGGACAAAGUGUUCAAUCUGUUCGUGAAUCACAAGCCAAGAAACCGGUAUUCGACAUUUCUCAUUGGUUCGCUCGACUAACUUUGGACAUCAUCGGAGAUGCGGGAUUCGAUCAUAGAUUCGAUGCAGUCAAGUUACCUAUCGACGAACAGCACGAUUCAAUCGUUUCUUCUUUUCGUUCAUUGAUGAAAAUGGUUACAUCUAUUUCAAUUACGGAGAUUUUAUUGAUCAAUCUUAGAAGAAUUAAAGGGUUUGCAUGGACGGCAAACAUUCCAACAACUCGUCGUCGAGUAAUCUUUAACGCUCGUGCUUCUUUGGAUCAAAUUGGUAAAUCAAUCAUUGAAACAAAGAGGCGGGAAAUCCAAGCAGAAAUGCAAGAAGCAAAGAAUAGCGAUGGAACAUACAACGAAAAAGCAUUCUUUGACGAACAAGAAGAGAUUAAAGGAAAAGCAAAGGAUUUACUUUAUCUUAUGAUGAAAGCAAACAUGGCUCCAGGCGUGCGGGACAGUGAACGAAUGAGUGAUGCCGAAUUGCUGGGACAAAUUACAACUCUUUUGACAGCUGGCCAUGAAACAACGUCCACAUUGCUGACUUGGUUCGUUCACUUGACGCCAUUACCGGAAAACAAGCAUGUCAUCACAAAAUUACGCGCUGAAAUCGAAGAACAUUUCGCUGGAAGGGAUGAAUUGGAUUAUGAUGCUUUGAUGGCGAUGCCCUACCUUGACAACUGCACAAAAGAAGUUUUACGUCUUGUGAGUCCGGUCGUCAAUACAGAAAGGACUGCAGUACACGAUGACGUGAUCCCAUUGAGCAAGUCUUACAAGACGAAAGAUGGAAAAUCUACAUUCAAUUCAAUCGUAGUAAAGAAGGAUCAAUUAAUCUUUAUCCCUAUUCAACUCAUCAAUCGAUCAAAGAAUAUUUGGGGUCCUACAGCUGAUGAAUUUGAACCUGAUCGUUGGGAUGAGAUUCCAAAGAUGGCAAAAGAGACUGGAUUCCCAUCACACAUCUUGAGUUUUAUCGAAGGGCCAAGAGGAUGUAUUGGAAACAGAUUUGCCAUUGCCGAAUUCAAAGCGAUCAUUUGUACAUUUUUGCGAUCAUUCGAUUAUGAUUCUGCGGGAUGGGAAAUUGAAAGGAAGCAAGGGAUUGUUGUUCGUCCACGUGUUGUAGGACAAGAAGAGUUAGGUACUCAAUUACCUAUUCGAUUGCAAAAGGUCUAGAAUUUAAUUUGCGGGACGAUUCUUAUCUGUAUAUUAUCCACUUCUUAGCAAUAAAAUUGGCCGAUGUGAAGUUUAACCGAUCCUCAAUCCGCACUCACUCACUUUUUCAUUUAUUUAGCCCACGCUAGUAAACGGAAAUCCAAGGUUAGAUUAAAAAGCUAUGUGCCGUCGUUUGCUCUGCACACACAAGACUUUCUUUUGAAUCAAGUUGGCCGUUUUGGCUAGUAGACGACGUGUCAUGUUUUUUUUUUGUGGCUUGGCCGUUCC